AUGGGGCUGGAUGCGCUCGUGUGGCUGAAGCGGCUGGAGCUGACGGGAUGUCGGCAGCUGAGUGAAGCCCCUGCUGGUCUGCCCCCCUCUCUUGAGACUCUCUGCUUGGGGCCCUUCCGGGAAGGCUCUUCCCUUGCGGCCGAGAGGUUGUUGGUCCUGGGACAGCAGGGGCCGAUUCAGCAGCUGGAGCAGGAGUUUGAAGGAGUAAGCCAGGCGUGCCUGAAUCAGCUGGAGGAGCUCGAGAUGCGUCUCGAAGGAAUGAGUCAGGAGUUCCUGCUUCCCUCAUAUGUUCUUCCUCGCCUGCGCAGCUUGCUGAUAGACGCGCCGGGAAUCCGCAGCCUCCCGGUAAACAUGGCAGCAGCGUUGCCAGAGCUACGGCAGCUGAAGCUUCUUUCAUGGGUGCCGGAAGAGCUGCCACGCGUCAUACUAGAGCUCUCAAAGCUGACGUCAUUGACCAUCCAUGCACCACAGCUCACUUCACUACCUGAGGGCGUGAGCUGCUUGUCCCGGCUGCGCAAAGUGGAGUUGAUUCGCUGCACCGCCUUGCAGCACCUCCCGGAGAGCCUCACCCACGUGCAGCAGCUGGUGCUGCUGCAGGACACCUCCCUCCCCUCCCUUCCUGCGGGUCUGGUGCAGCUGCGUCCGCUGGAGGACUCGCUUGCUGCUGAAUGA